UCCCUCUCCCUCUCUCCUUCCUAGUCAUUGCCUUUCUUUUUCCGGUUUUUCCACUUGUUCUACUCUUCUUGGGAAAGAAAGCUGUGUCUGGUCCUUUUCGAGCACUUGGCUUUCCCCUGGUCUUUAUGUUUAACGAUUUAAAAAAUCAGACCUCCUGCUCCUCCCUCAGGUGUUUCUCGAGCUAAGCUAGAGGGGGUUGUUUGCGAUGGCGGCAUCCACUACCGUGCCGUCCCUUUCUGCUUUCACACGGGUCAUCUGGUUCUUGAUCGUUUAGAGCUCCUUCCGGAUCAUCUUCAGUUUGCAGUCGGCUUUCUUGCCAUCUUCGGGAAAAGAACAUGCAAAUCUGAGCUUUUCGCGUGCUUCGGAACAGGGUUUUUAAUGGAACCUUCAGAUCCUUCGUAUUCCUAGAGAGUUCGCAUUUUGGAGAAGUUGAGAGCCUUUAGGGGUGGGCCUGGCCUUUGCCUUUUCAGUUCGAGAACUUGGAACGUUCAUGAGUGGGCGGUGAACAGUGAACAAGGAUGGAAGAGUUCUACAGGCUUGACACUUUGGUUCAGGGUUCGGAUGAUAUGGUUAGGGUAGAGAGCAUCACUGGUGCUGCUAGCACUGCCGAUGCCGAUGACGAUAAUGAUUUCCAAGGGUCCUUGAACGACUUGGUCCGGUCCGGGUCGGGUAGAUUUAUGGAAUCCGGGGAAGGGUCCGAGAUGUCUGAUCUGAUCAAGACCCAGAUUGCCACUCACCCUUUGUAUCCUCAACUUGUGUCUGCCUAUUUAGAAUGCCAAAAGGUUGGAGCACCUCCUGAAAUAGCCACACUUCUUGAGGAGAUUGGCCGAGACCAAAAACGCCGGACUGGUGCUUGCGCCGAAUUUGGAGCUGAUCCGGAACUUGACGAGUUCAUGGAAUCCUACUGUAAGGUCCUUAACACAUACAAGGAGGAGUUGUCCAAGCCCUUUGAUGAGGCCACUAUCUUCUUGAGCAACAUCGAGUCACAACUUAGCAACCUCUGUAUAGAUGCAUCAACAGCUUUUCGUUCAGGGCAUUGCAUCUCAGAUGAAGUGGGUGGGAGUUCAGAAGAGGAGCUCAGCUGCGGGGAAGUGGAAGCUCCAGAAGGUCAAGAAUAUUUGUUCGGAAUGCCUCCUUGCGACAAAAACCUGAAGGAGGUUCUCCUGCGCAAGUACAGCGGCUAUCUCAGCAGUUUGAGGAAGGAGUUCUUGAAGAAGAGGAAAAACGGGAAGUUACCAAAGGAUGCGAGGAUGACACUGCUCAACUGGUGGAACUCCCACUAUCGAUGGCCUUAUCCAACAGAAGAGGAAAAAUUGAAACUAUCUGAAGUCACUGGGCUAGACCAAAAGCAAAUUAACAAUUGGUUUAUAAACCAGAGGAAGCGGCAUUGGAAGCCAUCUGAAGACAUGAGAUUCGCCUUGAUGGAGGGUGUCAACAGUGGUAUUGGAGUGCCUACGUAUUUCGACACUGGGGGUGGAGGUCAAGAAUGAUGUUUAUAAUUGAUCGACAGAUUCUGGAUUGGGUCCAUGUUAUGUUCUUCCUCUCAAUGCCACUCAUUCUUUGCCUGUGUAAGUCGUUUCUUCAUGUAUAUCUCUUCCACUGUGUGACUCCUUAUAGUUAAAACUGUCUGCAUAUUUUAGCUCUGGUGUUCAAGUUCCAAGCAAAAAUAUUGAGGCAGUAUCUGUUUAUCUCAGUAGAAGGAAUAGAUGAGGCAUGAAAAUAGUUCUCUCUAUUGUCUUUAAACACGAAUUUAUUGUGCUUUUUCUUAAGAAGACAACUCUCCUGGCUUGUUGUAUUAGAUCAAGUCGAUUAGCAGCUUAGAGAACAAUGAGAUCGACACUAACAAGGACAUCCUGAGUUGCUGUCCUGCGAUUGAUUUCGUUUACA